AUGUCCAAAGGAAAUUUUAUUUACGCAGCUCUUAGAUAUGAUGCCAACAACUUCAGUGUUGAGAUGAGUAGACCGUUAGGCAUAAUUCUUGAAAGUAUUGAGAAUUCUAGAGGAGCGCUAGUAGCAGAAGUUAUAGAAGGCGGAAAUGCUUCGAAAACUAAAAAGAUAGAUAAGGGUGAUAUUCUGAUAAGCAUUGAAGUUGAUGACUGUGCGUAUGAUUGCGGUCCAAACAUACUUUUUGAUAAUAUUCUAGAACGGAUAAGUGAAUCUCCUGACAAGAAUGUCAUAAUAUUGAACUUGAGUAGAGCUAAACCUGUCAGUAAUCCAGAACUGGAUGAAGUGUCUAGCUAUUGGGAACAGAAGAAAGAAAAGAAAAAUAGUGGCCCAAGAGUAAUAAGAAGAACUGUUGGUGUAGACCCAAAGAAUAUCAGAGUAUAUCGGAACGGUUUGAUUGGAGAAGGGAAUUUCGGUAAAGUUUUUCUUGGAGAGUGGAAAGGACAAAAAGUUGUUUUGAAAACUUCAAAAUCAAGUGUCAUGGAAGCAGAUGAGCUUCUCGAUUCUGAAUUAGAAAUAAACGAAUAUAUACAUAGAAAUGCAAAAGGAUCCUGUGCACGAUUCCACGGGUGUUGUGAAAUAGAUGAGCGCAACUCAGGAAAUCUCUACGAUGGAUCGCUUCCCACAGGCUUAUGGUUAAUGUGGGCAUAUGAAGCAGAAAAUACUCUCCAAGAUGCUCUAAAAUUAGACGAGACUAAAAGUUUGGAUCUUCUUCGCCGCUCUUACACUUCUUACAAUAGUUCUUCUCCAGUUGAUUUAUAUCGACGGGUUAGCACGGAUUUGUUGGUUUGUUUAUCUAAAAUUCAUGCCAUAGGAAUCGUGCACCGCGAUGUGAAACCAGAAAAUAUUAUCUUAACAAGGAACGGAGUUAAGUUCAUAGAUUUAGGCGGUGCUGCCCUAUGCUUGGGUCAGUCAAUAAGUUAUAAACCUGGAGUUGGACCGGCUGAUCCUAGAUAUUCGAAACCUGACGAUAAAUACCUGCUGCCGUCUAGCGCCAAUACUCCCGAAAGUGAUAAUUUAGAAAAAUUAUGGUCAGAAUAUAUGCCAGAAAAGUUUGAUAUUUUUGCUAUUGGUCUAGUUAUAUUACAACUGCUGGUACCAUGUCUUAGGGAUCCGAAUGCACUAGAUAAGUUCAACUUGGAACUUGAGGAAUGUGGGUACGAUUUUAUAUUGUGGAGAAAAGAUGUCUGUAAUUUCUCUACAGGAGAAUUGCAAGUUCUCGAUGGCGGAAAUGGGGCAGGGAAAUGA